AUGCACGACAAGAAGUCGCCAAUGGCGAACUCUCAUUAUCUGAAGAAUUUGAAACAGCAGUUCCGCAACAAAAACCUUAUCGAGACGACGAUCCAUCUGGUAAACUGCAAUGACCAUGAUUCGCUGGCCUUCCUGGCAAGAACGUACGGGAUUCCGCCGCAGUUGAGGCAUGUGGUGUGGCCGAUCUUACUGAAAUACCAUCCGAUGUGCAUUUCACCGAAUAUCACCUCCAACACCAUCUCCUGGGACCCCAUCACCAAUGAUUUUAUACUCAAUGACCCUUUCUUGAAUAGCAAGUCUUGCGCUGGCAAGCAGGACACGUCGGACGACGGGAAUGUUCUCCCGUACGAUAUCGAGUCUGUCAUUCUGCAUGACUUAAAGAAAUACUUCCAUUCCAGGUCAAACCCCACCGCCACUCCCAGCAGUAGCAACACCAACAACAUUGCCACGCCGACGCCUCUUUCGUCCUCGGAUGCGUCUACAGUCUCCUCCAUGGAGCUGAUGCCCCCCUCACUGGACUACGAAUUCCAAAUCAUAGAGACCUUGAAGAAUGCCAUCGUAAAGUUUCUACGGAAAUGGUCCAAAAUCUUCAAAUACGAAAGCGGUCUUGCCUGGAUUGCCCUGGGGCUGGCCGAAUGGUAUCCCAUCUACCCUUACGAGGCCGUGUCCACUUUCAGCGAGACUCGCUCGUUUUAUGACGUGGACGACUAUAUUGUAUUGAGCGGCAGAAAACAUGCUCAUCUAAGCACUAGCACGAGCAAAAACAAUGGUAGCAACAAUACAUCCAACUCCAAUACAAACGGCACCAGUGCGAAUAUAAUGUCAGGCAUGAACAACCUGAGUUUGAACACAAACACCGGCUCGCACAAUUCAGCUUACAUAUCUCACACGCUAUCGUACCUUUAUAAAGAGUACCCACUACCAUAUGAACUACGAUCGAAAUUGCCCACAACACCAAUCUUCACAUUCGAUGCUCUUUUCGAAAGACUGGCUCUUGUCAUUUUGCAUUGUCCUGAUACUAUCUUGGCACACAAACAGUUGAAAAAUGACUCAAGCGCACCAUCCACUACAAAGACGAAUAUGAAUUUCAACACGAACUAUUUUCCUAUCAUAUCUGGUGGUGAUCUAUCAUUUCAAACCCAAGUGUUUUUCAAAGUCUUUUCUUCAAUAUUGCCCGAGUUAUAUCAACCUUUAACAGAAGAGUCUUCAUUGCAACCUUCAUCGUCAAGAAACUCCUGGAUUUACUGGUGGUUGAAAUGCUCUGGAUCCAAAGCUCUACAAAGACAAGAUAGAGGACGUGUAUGGGAUCUGCUGCUUGGAUGGAGGCCCAAACCAAACAUGAACACAAUAAAUUUCUUUUUGAAUUAUAAUGACAAACAAAUAGAGCAUCUCUAUCACGAUACCCCGCAAUGUGAUAACGAGCAGUAUUGGAUGAAAGAUUGGAUAGCAUUGUACCACAAUGAUCCUUUUUGGUUUCCUGAUCUGGACAGUAUGGAAUUAGGUUCCAAACAAUUCCCAUACGAUUACAGCGUCUUUAAAGAGUUACUCCUGAGAAACAAAUACGGGGAUACGCAAAAUAAAUCUCAGACGAAUGGUACGCCACCAUCUUCCAAUAGCGAUUCAAACGAUGGCCGUAACGGUAGUAAUUCAGAACUUAAACUACCGUUUUCUUCCAUCGACCCUCAUAUGCAACUGAUUUUCAUUUUUAUCGCGAUUUUACAAUUCAAUGAGUUCAAACUAUUAGAGUUUGAAGAAGCCGAGAUUUCAGAAUUUUUAAAUAACGUCCCUCUGUUAACAAAAUUCGAUGACUCUUCCUAUAAGAAGCUAUACGAGAACGCAGAUUCCAAUAUAUCCAGCCCGCCCUCAUCACCAACAAUUUCCACCUCUUCAUCAUUACAAUCCAACCUCAACUCAAGUGUCCAUAUUUCCAAUUCUCAUAUGCUGAUUGAAGUCGGUAACGACGCCAAAGCCUCGCACUGUUUCGAUGAUCUUUUAAAUAUGGCUGGGGAUAUUUGGAGAAAAUGGUUAUGGAGAGAAUUAGAGGAGAGCUCGAUUUGA